AUGGAAAAGCACGAUGAAAGCAACAAUAAAAAUGUAUCGCAAAGAUUGGUUGCUGAUUACGGCUCAUCUGAUUCUGAAUCUGAAGUAACUGAGAGUCGAUCUCAUACCGGCAACGAUGACUCUGAUAACACAGAACUUAGUGAAAUGGUUUUAAAAAAUAAUAUUAUAAAUGCAUGUGCUCAUGGUCCAUUGUCUACUACAUCAGAUAGAGAAAAUGUAGAGAUUACCAGACAUAUGAUAAUAGAUAGCCCAGAAACUGAUAUAGUUGAAUAUGAAGUUACAGAGUACAGGGAUAUUGAUAGUGAUUCAGACUCGAGUUCAUCAAGUGAUGAUAGUGGUGAAGAUUGGAUAGACCCUGUAGAAGAUGGUGACAAUUCUAUUGGGGAUGAAUUUGGCGGUGACAAAACAGGAAAAGUAGAACCCAUUAAAGCACUUGGAGAAUUGGGACUGGAUGACUUACCACCUAUAGAAGACCUUGCUAUCAGCCUACCCUCACAAGAAACAACAAAAAUUGGAGUUAUCACUAGUAUAGUUGAUAGAUUAGUCGUAGUUCGUGCUUUUCCUGAGACACGCGCUGUUAAUUUGGACUCCGUACUUUUUCUUGAGCAUGGUGCUCGGGCAUUGGGGAAGGUGUUUGACGUCUUCGGACCAGUGACCGAGCCACAUUACUGCGUCAGAUUCAAUUCCCAGGACCACGUGAAGGAGCGUGGGAUCGAGCCAGGAAUGGAGGUGUUCAUAGCUCCAUGUAGCGAACACACUAGCUAUGUAUUUGUCAAUGACCUUAUGAAGGUAAAGGGCUCAGAUGCAUCGUGGGUACACGACGUCGAACCUCCACCUAGCCAAAUCGAUUUCUCAGACGACGAGGAAGAGAGACGCGCUAAAAAAGCGAAUAAAGAACAAAAUAAAGAAGUAACGGAGAAUGGAGAAACAUCCAAGGCUCAAACAUUUCGGAAAGACAAUAAAAGAAACCAGAGACCCACGGAAUCCAGUAGUCGCUUCGGCAGUGGACCAAGCAGGGGUCGCAAUCCUUCCACACCAGGCUCGAGGAGAAAUAGUCCGUGGAAGAUGUGGUCAGAACAGUCCGACACGAGACCACCACACCCCAACAGGGAUGCACCCCCGCAUGGAGCCCACCCACCUUUUACGCCACCUCCGUUUAACCGACCCUUAAUGAGCUUUUCGCCAUUCAAUCCCACCAGGCCACCUCCGUUUAUGGGUAAUUCAUACCAAUUUGGUGCGAAUCCUAGAAUGCGUGGCCCCACACCUCCCAUGCACUUUCCACAAUUUGGACGGAAUAACCCUAUAUUUGGAUCGAGUUUCAACAACAUGCCCGGGUCACAACCACAGUGGAUCAGUAGACUUCCACCCCCACCGGGAACCUAA